AUGAACUUUAGUUCAUGUAAGACCGAAAAACACAAAGUGAAGAAAAAGCAACGAAAACAUGGGGACAUUUUCUCCAUAUGGAAUUACGAUGGAAGAAUUGCAUAUGAAGACAUCAUCAAAGUUACAAAUGACUUCGAUAUUAGAUAUUGCAUUGGAAUAGGCAAAUAUGGUAGCGUCUACGGAGCUCAGUUGCCAAGCGCCAAAGUAGUAGCCUUAAAGAAACUUCACGGUUUUGAAGCAGAAGACCCAUCUUUCAACCAUUGUUUCACGAAUGAGGUCCAAAUGUUGACUAAUGUACGACACAGAAACAUCAUGAAGCUUUAUAGAUUUUGUUUGCACAACAAAUGCAUGUUCUUGGUGUAUGAGUACAUGAAAAAAAGAAGCUUAUUUUGCACCCUGAGAUUCGAUGUCGAAGCUUUAGAAAUUGAAUGGACUCAAAUGGUAAAAAUUGUUGAAGCAAUGACACAUGCUUUAUCCUACUUGUAUCACGAUUGCACCAUGCCAAUUAUUCAUCGGGACAUAUUGAGCAACAACAUUCUGUUGAACUCUCAACUUGAGGCUUUUGUCGUUGACUUUAGAACUGCCAUACUAUUGCACCUUGAUUCAUCCAACCGAAGCGUUAUUGCAGGCACUUAUGGAUAUAUUGCACCAGGUACGAGUGCUACCUUUGUUUUAUCAAAGUAAACAUCUAUGGUUUUCAAAAUCCAUAUAUCUUUGUGUUUGUGCAGAACUU